UGUCCAUAGGAAAAAUAUGACAUUAACAAUGUAUAUAUUAAAAAGUAUUUCUAUUGACAUGAUCCUGCCUGAGAGCUGGGGCCCAGAGAUCCUGUCAGAGAGCUGGGGCCCAGAGAUCCUGUCUGAGAGCUGGGGCCCAGAGAUCCUGUCUGAGAGCUGGGGCCCAGAGAUCCUGUCAGAGAGCUGGGGCCCAGAGAUCCUGCCUGAGAGCUGGGGCCCAGAGAUCCUGUCUGAGAGCUGGGGCCCAGAGAUCCUGUCAGAGAGCUGGGGCCCAGAGAUCCUGCCUGAGAGCUGGGGCCCAGAGAUCCUGCCUGAGAGCUGGGGCCCAGAGAUCCUGCCUGAGAGCUGGGGCCCAGAGAUCCUGUCUGAGAGCUGGGGCCCAGAGAUCCUGUCUGAGAGCUGGGGCCCAGAGAUCCUGCCUGAGAGCUGGGGCCCAGAGAUCCUGCCUGAGAGCUGGGGCCCAGAGAUCCUGCCUGAGAGCUGGGGCCCAGAGAUCCUGUCUGAGAGCUGGGGCCCAGAGAUACUGUCUGAGAGCUGGGGCCCAGAGAUCCUGCCUGAGAGCUGGGGCCCAGAGAUACUGUCUGAGAGCUGGGGCCCAGAGAUACUGUCUGAGAGCUGGGGCCCAGAGAUACUGUCUGGAGAGCUGGGGCCCAGAGAUACUGUCAGAGAACUGGGGCCCAGAGAUACUGUCAGAGAACUGGGGCCCAGAGAUACUGUCAGAGAACUGGGGCCCAGAGAUACUGUCUGAGAGCUGGGGCCCAGAGAUACUGUAAAUCCCCAUUGUACAGUAGUCUAGCUAUUUUUAGGCUUGAAAGGAUAUCAGCAUGACUGUCAUAAAAGCUGCAGUUUUAUUCUCAAGGCCUGCGUCCAAAAUGGCCCCCUGUUCCCUUUUUAAUGACCUACGUUUGACCAGAGCCCAUAGGGAAUAGGGUACUGACCUGGGUCUUCACUGUGUUUUUGAUCUUAGAAGCAGCAAAGAAGACAUAAGCACAAACCAAACAUUCCUUCAGUCAAACACAACACCAACACCUCUGAACUCAGCACUCAGGGCCAGUUGGAGCCUCCUUCAUUGCACCUGUUAUCGGCUUUGGAUGGGAGGGAGAGGAGAGAGAGGAGCAGGAGGAGAGAGCAGCAGGAGAGGAGGGAGAGGAGAGAGCAGAGGGAGAAGGAGAGGAGGGAGGAUCAGGAGAGGGAGGCUCAGAGCAGCCAUCACAGGGAACAGAAGCAGACUGUCUCCAGGAGGAGUAGACAAGUUGUGUCCCUUCCUCACAACCACAGCUCCAGCCAUAGCUCCCAGGUCCUGCCUGGAGGUGUACCUGUGGGCCAGAGGACAGCCCAGGUGUCUGGGGGGUUGGGUUGUGUAGAGGGGGAUGUAGGGGGAAAAGAGAAGGGAGAAGGGGACAUAUACAGUGACAUAGACACAGACCUGUCUGAAUCAGAGAG